UUCCGGCGGAGGGGCGCUGUGGCGGGGCUUGCUGAGAUCAUGGCGGAGAAUGUCUUCGAGCUGCUGCCGCCGGCCCCAGGCGGCCUCGGGGCGGGACGGGGGGGCGGCCUAUGCCGCCGCUGCAGCGCAGGGCUCGGUGCCCUGGCUCAGCGCCCCGGCGGCGUGUCCAAGUGGGUCCGACUCAACGUCGGCGGCACCUACUUCCUCACCACCCGGCAGACGCUGUGCCGGGACCCGAAGUCCUUCCUGUACCGCUUGUGCCAGGCCGACCCCGACCUGGACUCUGACAAGGAUGAAACAGGUGCCUAUUUAAUUGACAGAGAUCCCACGUACUUUGGACCUGUGUUGAACUACUUGAGACAUGGGAAGCUGGUCAUUAACAAAGACCUCGCUGAGGAAGGAGUGUUGGAAGAAGCAGAAUUUUACAACAUCACCUCACUAAUAAAACUUGUAAAGGACAAAAUUAGAGAACGAGAUAGCAAAACAUCACAGGUGCCUGUGAAGCAUGUAUACCGUGUGUUGCAGUGUCAGGAGGAGGAGCUCACACAGAUGGUGUCCACCAUGUCCGAUGGCUGGAAAUUUGAGCAGCUGGUCAGCAUCGGCUCCUCUUACAACUAUGGGAACGAAGACCAGGCCGAGUUCCUCUGUGUGGUUUCCAAGGAGCUGCACAACACCCCAUAUGGCACAACCAGUGAGCCCAGCGAGAAGGCCAAGAUUUUGCAAGAACGAGGCUCAAGGAUGUGAGAUAUAGUACUGACAGCCGAAGAAAUGAUAUACUUUUUCCCAAGAUUCAGUGAACCGCCAUGUCUAGGAAGUACGUCUGUGAGAAGAAACCUGCUUUUGAUCAUUUCUCUAGAGAUCUGGGUGUGCAUCCUUUUUUGCCUCAGAGGUGGGUGGUGAGAGACGGCCCAGCUGUCUAAGGCCAGGCAUCCCCACAGGGAGGAGGCACAGGGGCCAGGUGGGCUCUCUCUGGGAGUCUGCUCUGUUCUUUCCGAGUGCUGCGUGGGACUGAGGCAGGGUGCUCCCAACUAGCCUGCGCAGUCCUGAAGACCAUUUGAAGGGCAGGGCCCUUGGUGCUACAUUCAUAGUCUGCGAUAGCAGCUCAGGCCUCACCAGGAGGAAGGGACAGCAGCCAUGUGGAUUGUCCAGCGCACUGUGGCUCAGGUCCAGAUGCCUGGUGGUCAUUGCUUGAGCACCUGAACAUCAUCCUUGGGUCAGGGAAGCUGCUCUGCCUCCAGUGUGAUCAAUUGACAGUUUCUCAACCUCGGCGAAGACCCCUGACAAUGGUGGCCUCCGCAUCAUCACUACUUUCUGGGCGCCUACCCUGAGGACCGCCUCCUUCAGAGCCAGGCUCUUAUUCCAGCCUCCACAGUCAAGGCUUCUUGAUUUGUAUUUUCCAGGCAAGAGAACUUUGUAUCCCUUUUUUUAAGUAUGGAUAGAUUACCCAAUGUUUAUACUCUUUAGAAAUGCCUAAAAGUGUUGCUAUGUUUUAGAUGGAUCUGUCAAAUAGUUUAAAGGGAGGUAGAAGGUUUGCCUCAUGGGUUCCACCUGCGGACUCAUCUGGGAGCUGGUGCUCACCAGUGCCUUUGUUGCAUCUGGGAUGGAGGCUGGGCGGAGGCGUGUCCCCUGGCUUCUUGAGCUGACACUCCGAGUCACGUUGAAGAUUCGGGAUGUUUACAGUGCAUCAUGUGUCUCUUCCUCUCCGGCUCUGUUAUCUCUGUAUAACUAUGCAGUUCUUCUUUCUAAUACUCCUGGAGCAUUUGAGACUUGACACAACCUACAUGACCCAGCCAGUGUGCCAUCGAGGCUGCUGGGGUUGCUGUAGAGGCUGCCCCCUGCAGGCUCUGAGACUCUUCAGUGGGGGCUGGGGGCCUGGCCCCAGUGAGCAAGCUCUGCCUCUUGAUCUUUGCUUGCCAGGAGAGCUGUGCAGAGUGACCAUUGGAGUUGCCUGUGUGAGGUCAGAGGCUCUGACACUGUCUAAUGUCAAUGCUUCCAGAAACUUCUUGCCUAGGUCCUCUUUUUUUUCUUCUUUGCCAAUAACCUGAUUAACUAAGUUCUCCAGCAUCUAGGAUUUACCUCCUCCUUUCGUAAGGCCUCUUGUAUGUUGUUAAAGGUUCAGCUUAAACAAUUUAUAAAAACCUUUCUAUAGGGCAGAUUUAGCCACUGGCUGACCCGGUCCUCCCAGCAGAGCUCCAAGGGAAGGUGUCCCUGUGUUGGCCCUGGGGAGCUGCUGGGUGCUUAGCAUUUUUUGAUUUUGACAUUGACAUAAUAGAUAGGCUUGUGGGUUGUUUUGUUUUUGUUUUUUAAUUUAAAAAUAUUAAGACUUAAUUCACUAAAAUUUAUUCUAAGGGGAUAUUUAUACUUUUGUACUUUUUUAGGUAUCCGUAUUUUAUCAGCUUACCAUUUAAUGCCUAAGUUUCCCCUGAAAAUAGCAAAUAAAAUUGUGUAUUUAUGAAUGAGCCCAGCAA